CUUCGAAGUAGGGGCAGAGGAGGGGAAAAAGGUGCCGGGUGUACCCGACACCUACCUACAGCUGCGCGUUGUUGUUCCUUUGCCGCAGAAAUACAACCGGCUUCCCGGUACACUCUGGCUAAACAACCGCCACCGCACCUGUGACAAGGACUCGUUGUGAAGAACUCCGAUUUUUGUCUUUAGCAGCUAGGUUUACUUGGACUACACUUGGAAAGAUGCUCGUCCUGGUGCUCUCUCUGCUGCUGGGUCUGACUGGAGCAGCAGGGCAGGCACCGGACAGGAGCUGCGCUGAUCUGCGCCAGUUCUACACCGGAAAAGGCUUUACGCUGGCCGGAGUACCACAAACGGAAACCUCCGGUGAACAUCUUACAACCUGUCCCAAGGGUCCAACCUGUUGUACGAACAGCAUGGAAGAAAACCUGGAGGUACUAAGUGGAAGAGAGACAGAGGGCCUGAUCAGGGAGGCCGGCAGGUCACUGCAGGCCGCUUUCAACUCCCUCUAUCGAAGUUUUGACAACUAUUUCACUGAACUUCACAGUCGCUCUGAACGUUCCCUCCAUGAGGUGCUAUCUCCGCUUGGUGCCUCAUACUCCCAGAAUACAAGACUUUACGGAGAUUUGUACUCCGACCUGAAACAGUACUAUCGAGGCUCUGCCCUCAACUUGGAUGAGACGUUGACUGAAUUCUGGUCACACCUUCUGGAACGCACCUUUAAAAGCUCUACUCCGAGAGAUAUCAUCCUGUCUGAGGACUACCUAGAGUGUGUUGCUAAGCAACAGGAGACCUUGCGACCAUUUGGAGAUGUCCCCCGGGAUAUGAAAGAAAAGGUUAUACGGGCUUUUGUCACAGCCAGGUCGUUUGUCCAGGGGCUGAUCAUCAGUGGGGAGGUUGUCAGAAAGGUCUCACAGGUUCCUCUGAGUCCAGAAUGUGUUAAGUCCUUGGUGAAGCUGGUUUACUGCCCACACUGCCUUGGUCUCGCCUCUGUCAAACCCUGUGACAACUACUGCGCCAAUGUUAUGAAGGGCUGCCUCGCCAACCAAGCUGAUCUGAACCCAGAGUGGCAGAAUCUUAUAGAUACCAUGAUCCAGGUGGCAUCUAGUUUCAGCACAGAGCCCAAUCUUGAUUUGGUUCUGUCAUCCAUCCCUUCGCAGAUCUUUGAGGGUGUCUACCUGCUCAAGGAAAACAUUGACACAUUUUCAGCCAAAGUGUAUCAGACAUGUGGAACUCCAGUUGAUACAGGCACAGGAAGUCCUACGGUUCAUGAGUCCAAGAAAAAGAAGAGCGGCUCUCUGGCUGCUUCAGAAUACAAACCCUCUCCCACAGUGUCAGAUCUCUCUAGUAAAUUAAGGGAAAUGAGGCAGUAUUGGCUUCAGCUCCCCAUGGCACUUUGCAGCAAAUUGGCAGCAGGUGGCGCCAGCAAGGAUACAUGCUGGAAUGGGAUCACAAAAGCCAGAUACCUUCCUGAAGUGAUGGGAGAUGGCUUGGCUAACCAGAUCAACAAUCCAGAGGUAGAGCUUGACAUAACAAAGCCAGAUAUGACAAUCCGACAGCAAAUAAUGCAACUCAAAAUUAUGAGCAACAGGCUAAAAAAUGCCAUGGAUGGGAACGAUGUAGAUUUCCAGGAUGCAAGUGAUGACAUUAGCGGCUCAGGAAGUGGAAUGUGUCUGAGUGGUCAUUGUACUCGAAGCAGGCCAGGACUGUAUGCAUACCCACAAGACAAUGAGAAAGUCACAGGUGAAGCCACAUGCCAAAGCCACCCGUCUAGCCUUGUUGUAUCGCUCCUCCUGCUGGCUGGCCUGCUACUUCUUCAGCGAUGAUACUCUGCCUUCUGCCAGACUCUUUAGUGCAGUGAAGGACUAACAUUGCCAAAAUUGAUAAUGAAGAGAAACCAAAACUGGCAGUAACAGCAGUCUUUGUUUGGUUUGCUGCGUUGUACUGUAGUUUGAUUGCUUUUGUUGAGCUGGUUUCAAUGAAUUCUAAGGAAGAAGAUAAAUGAAACAAGAUGUUCGGAAAGAUGACAGAUGGUGCAAAAUCAACCAAAUGUCUAUAAUGAUGACUUUGAUGUCCUGAAUGCUCUAUUGUUCUUUACUCAGAAGGGACAGGGCUCUGUGGCAAAUGCUGUGGUGUAUUUUUAUUUUAUUUUAUUUUAUUUAAAAAAAAAAAAAACGGUGUCAAGGGUGUGUAUUUAAACAACAUUGUGUAAGUUGUAAAUGUAUGUAUAGCCAAGUGUGCAUUAUCAUUGCAUACAUUGGAAACAAGACUGUCAACAUGGUGAGCCAUGUGUGUACAUUUAUAAGUUAAUACUCAAUUGGGAAUGAAUCAUUUAUAAUCUGUGAUGUAAAUGUUAAGAAAUCGUGGUGCGUGUGAGUAUUGCAUAACAAAUAUUUGGUGGGAUUUGUUUGGAUUCCCCAACGACAACAACCCUCCUCAAUGUAUGACAUGUCGUGAUUCAAAUUGUUAAUGUUGUCAUCAACUUUGAAAUCAGCAGUUAUCAAAACAUCCAUAAACAAAGCACAGACUAGCAAGGUACUGAAAUGAUGUUAUUUUUUGCUGUUAUUACAAAAAAUGUCACAUCAUUCUACCAUUUUUAGAUGUCAUGCUGAGCAUAUUUCACAUCAGACAACUCGAGGGGAUUUUUCAUUGAAUGCUUGCAUGCCUGGCUUAAUCCACUGCUCCAUAUGACGUCUUAGAAGCAACAUAUCAGGAUUAGCUGAGGAUAAAGGGCACAGCUAAGCACCUUUGGGAAAAACAAAAAGACAAAAAGCAAAUAACUCAACUCUUGAUUUAAGAUACUCCCCAGUUCUUGUUUCAUACUUGUAACUCAAUAUUUAAGCAGAACUACAGCACUUAGUGGGAGCCUCAUCAACGGUAAAGAUUUCUGCUAGAUUUACUGUAUCUUUGGAAGAUAUUUUCCCAUUUACCAGUGCAAAGAAAAAUAUAGACUACACCAUGCAGGACCAAAAUAAACAAAACUAAAGCUUUCUGAACACAUUUGUAAAUCUUUUGGAAGUUUAACAUCAACACUGAAAUUAUGCAUAUUUUCUUUUGUCUCCAAUUUUUAUUUAUAUUAUGUACUCAUUCAUUUCCGACACCACUGAGCCUUUUCAGGGUUAAGGGGGUUUGCUGAAACUAAUCCCAGGUUACUCCAUGGCGGACUUACACCCAGCCCAGGACUGGUCACGAGUCAGUCCCAGGGCACAUAUAGUGGUCUGAAAAAGUAUCUGAACCUUUUGGAAUUUCUCACAAUUCUGCAUAAAAUCACCAUCAAAUGUGAUCUGAUCUUUGUCAAAAUCACUCAGAUGAAAAAACAGUGUCUGGUUUAACUAAAACCACCCAAACAUUUAUUGGUUUUAAUAUUUUAAUGAUGAUAACAUGCAAGCAAUGACAGAACGAGGAAAAAUAAGUAAGUUAACCCUCUGCCUAGCAGACUAGAGUGUCUGCUAAAGACUUACAGAAAUCACUUACACAGUCCACUAUUUCUGUGCACACAUCAACUAUAUAUAAAACUAUGGCCAAGAAUGGUGUUCAUGGGAGGACUCCGCGGAGGAAGCCACUGCUGUCUAAAAAACAUUGUUACUUGUUUCAUGGUCGCAAAAAGGCACUUGGACACGCCACAAAAUUUAUGGCAAAAUAUUCUUUAUUGUUUGUCAUGUGUGGAGGAAAAAUUGAACCGCUCACGAACAUCAACACCUCAUCCCCACCGUGAAGCAUGGUGGAGGGAGCAUCAUAAUUUGGGGCUGUUUUGAUGCCUUAGGGCCUGGACAACUUGCAGUUAUUAAUGGAAGAAUGAAUUCAAAAGUUUAUCACAAAAUAUUAAAUGUGAUCGUUCACUUACUUAUUUUUCCCCCAUCUGUCAUUGUUUGUGUACUAUCCUCAUUAAAAUAUGAAAAACUACAAAUGUUUGGGUGGUUUUAGUUAAAGCAGACACAUUUUUUUCCAUCUGUGUGAUUCGAACAAAGAUAGAUGACAUUUGAUGGUGAUUUUAUCCAGAAAUGAGAGAAAUUCCAAAAGGUUCAGAUACUUUUCAUACCACUGUAUUCACACCAGAACUAAACUUUACAGUUUACACCAUCACUAAGUGGGAACUGACCCCAUGCUGCCUGCACUAAUGUCUGGAAUGUACCGCUACACGACCGGUAAAACUGCAUUGUGUACUGCUUUUUUGAAAUACAAACAAAAGAAAUAAUAACUACA